CUGGCUACCUCCAGGAAAGAAAACUAUAUGUUUUACAAGCAUCUGAUGUUUUUGUAGCAGGUGUAAUUUGAACAAGUUGCUCAUAAUGCGGAGUACCUCUGCUUUUUACCUUUAUUGAUGCAAGCACUGCUGUUUAUGACUUAUUUGAUGCUAUUUGAAAAUAAUUAAUCAUGACCGGAAUGCAGAUUUUUGCUUUGAUAUUUUGUAUCUCUGGCACUGGGGCUGUAAUUGGGGCAGUUGUGUCUAAUGAAUGGAAAGUGACCAGCAGAGCCAGCUCUGUCAUUACAGCCACUUGGGUUUUUCAGGGGUUGUGGAUGAACUGUGCAGGGAAUGCCCUUGGCUCAUACCACUGCCGACCCCACCUAACCAUCUUCCGGGUAGAAGGAUUUUUGCAGGCAUGUAGAGCGCUUAUGAUUACAUCCAUAUGUCUGGGAUUCUUUGGACUCAUAUGUGCAUUAGCUGGCAUGAAAUGUACAAGGAUUGGUGGGAAUAACCAAACCAAAGCUAAAAUUGUCUGUUUAGCUGGAAUCCUUUCCAUACUUUCAGGUACUUGCUCCUUGGCUGGUUGCUCUCUGUAUGCUCAUAAAACCACUUCUGAAUACUUUGAUCCAACCAUUGUAACAGCAAAGUAUGAGCUGGGGACAGCUCUGUUUGUUGGGUGGGCUGGAUCAGUUCUUUGCUUGGUUGGAGGAUCCAUUUUUUGCUUUACAUUUCCAUUUGGCAAUAUCAUCCAAAGGUCAGGGUAUGGAUAUGCCACAGCUUCAUCCAAUUCCUUCUAUUCCAAGACAAAAACAAAAGAGCCGUCUAAACUAAUGCAUCAUGAUGAAUUAUCACCAACGUAUAAUAAAAACUCUUAUGUGUAA